AUGGGCGACUGGAGCUUCCUAGGGGAGUUCCUGGAGGAGGUCCACAAGCACUCGACGGUCAUCGGCAAGGUCUGGCUCACGGUGCUCUUCAUCUUCCGCAUGCUGGUGCUGGGCACCGCGGCCGAGUCCUCCUGGGGGGACGAGCAGGCCGACUUCCAGUGCGACACGAUUCAGCCGGGCUGCGAGAACGUGUGCUACGACCAGGCCUUCCCCAUCUCGCACAUCCGCUACUGGGUGCUGCAGAUCAUCUUCGUGUCCACGCCGUCGCUGGUGUACAUGGGCCACGCCAUGCACCACGUGCGCAUGGAGGAGAAGCGGAAGCUCCGGGAGGCCGAGGGGGCCAGAGAGGGCCACCGCGGGGCUGGCUCCUACGAGUACCCAGCGGCCGAGAAGGCGGAGCUGUCCUGCUGGGACGAAAUGAACGGGCGGGUGGUCCUCCAGGGCACCCUGCUCAACACCUACGUCUGCACCAUCCUGAUCCGCACCAGCGUGGAGGUGGCCUUCAUCGUGGGCCAGUACCUCCUCUACGGGAUCUUCCUGAGCACCCUGCACGUGUGCCGCCGGAGCCCCUGCCCGCACCCCGUCAACUGCUACGUGUCCAGGCCCACGGAGAAGAACGUCUUCAUCGUCUUCAUGCUGGCCGUGGCCGCGCUGUCCCUCUUCCUCAGCCUGGCCGAGCUCUACCACCUGGGCUGGAAGAAGAUCAGGCACCAGUGGGGCAAGCCUCAGCAGCGCCUGCCUGAGCGCCGGCUCCCGGGUCCCGCCGGGGCCACGGCCCAGAGCUGCACGCCUCCGCCCGACUUCAGUCAGUGCCUGGAGGACGGCCCUGGGGCAAAGUUCUUCCGUCCCUUCGGUGACAGCAUGGUCCCCCCGCAGAACCCGGACAGCCUGGCCGCGGACCCAGUGCCAGGCCAGCAGCAAGAUCCCAGGGAGGGUUUCAUCCAGAUCCGGUAUGGCCAGAAGCCCGAGGUGCUCAACGGAGUCUCCGCAGGUCACCGCCUCCCCCACAGCUAUCACAGUGACAAGCGCCGUCUCAGCAAGGCCAGCAGCAAGGCCAGGUCAGAUGACCUAUCCGUGUGA